AUGAAUGCGCAAUUGCCGAAUCUGCACACAACUGUCGAUACAACGUCGGUCGUCAUAUAUGUCAUCCUCACGAUGGCAUCGCUUUCGACUGGCGGCCAAAAUCUGCCCAGUGAAAGGCAGACUUUCCGCGUACGAGGUGUGCCUCACGACUGGAAUCGCGACGGACUGGCAUCUUUUUUGGCGGAAAAUAGCUAUACCAGCCCGGAUGUCCAGACUUUGGCCAAUGAAACCCACGGGCGUUCGCAGACGGCCACAGUCACUGUUCAACGUGUUCCCAGCCAACUACAGGAACGUCUAGCUGACCCAGUCAAAGGUAUUGCUCUAUAUAUACCUUCGUCUGAUCAACACAGUAGACCGCGGAGCCUGAUGCUGGACACUGCCUUUCUUGGUGUCACAACCUUGUACGCUCCUCUCUCGCCGGAUCACGAAGUCGACAUUAUCGUAAUCUCUGGCCUCGGUGGACGCCCUUUCGGAACGUUCAAAGAACGACAAGGGGAGUACAUGUGGUUGCGAGAUGCACUCUCGUAUGAUGUAACUGAAAAAAGUGACGACAAACCAAUUUCGCGUAUCAUGGUAUAUGGCUACAACUCAAACUCUGUUCAGAGCGACAGUUUCCAGAAUCUGCAAGAUUUAGGGACAGCUUUUCAUCGGCACCUUCGAAAGCUGGCGGUUGCAGGCGCAUUUAAGCCCAUCGUAUUCAUUGCCCACAGCAUAGUCGGAUUGGUUCUCAAGCAGACCUUUAUAUCCCUCUACAAGUCAAAUGACGAGGAAGAUCAAAAACUAUUACGAGCCGUGUAUGGAAUCGCCUUUUCUGGCGUGCCACAUCACGGUAUGGAUAUUAAUUCGCUCAUCCCCAUGGUCAAAUUUGGGCCAGAGGGUGAUGAGGAUGAAAAAGUGGUUGGACUCCUUCGCAGCCUCGUCCGAGAGGCACGACAAACUCAGCAGCGUAGGCAUCCAUCACGUCAAAUAUCGCCAGCGCAAAUAGAAAAAUGCUUGCAAUCACUGGCCUUUGAGCAUGUGCAAGACCAUGCCUCUGGGGUUAGCGAUGCUCUCUCAGGAACAUGCAAAUGGCUGCUGCAACAUGAGACAUAUAUAAGCUGGAUCUCAUCCAGUCAUGGACUUCUUUGGAUCAAAGGGAAGCCAGGCUCGGGCAAGUCCACACUUUUGAAACACGCCUUCACUCACCAAAGCCUUUCCAAUACUGCGAAUGACGACAUGUUCAUCUCUUUCUUCUUCCGCGGCCGUGGAAAUGAACUUCAAAAGACUCCGUUUGGCCUAUUCCGAUCGCUUCUUUAUCAACUUCUUAAGCAAGCUCCUGAUACGCUGCUAGAUCUUGUCGAUACAUAUACACAAAAGUGCAGGGCCAUGGGCAACUACCAAGAGAAGUGGAGAUGGCAUCCAGACGAUCUAUGGCGCUUCUUAGAAUCGUCUCUUACAAGUGUCUUGGCAAUCCGUUCGGUCUGGCUGUUUGUUGAUGCGCUGGAUGAGUGUGGCGAGAAAAAUGCAAGAGAUCUGGCCAGCAAGUUUCAACUUUUGGUCGAAAAGAUGCGGCCUCUGUCUUCUUCGGGCAAACAACUCCGGAUCUGUUUCAGCUGUCGCCAUUACCCAAUACUAAGCUCUAUCAGUGCAUUGGAGUUAUGCCUCGAGAAGGAGAACCGAGGAGAUAUUUCCACCUAUGUACGGUCAGAACUAUCUUCCUUUGGAGAAUCAAUACCAAUCACGAUCCCAGCCUUAAUUAUUGAUCGGGCUUCUGGUGUUUUUCUGUGGGCGGAGCUGGUGGUGAAGCAUGUUGUGCAUCUUGGACUAAAUGGCCAUGGACCAACCGAGAUCGCGGCGGCAGUGCAUUCUAUUCCGAAGGGCCUCGACGAGCUGUAUGACGGACUCGUUCACAGUAUGACGCCAUCAUCGCUGAAACUAAUCAAAUGGGUUUGCUUCGCCAAACGGCCAUUGUCGGUUAGUGAGCUACGAUGGGCUAUGGCUAUCAAUGCCGAAUAUUCCUCGCUCAACGCAUGCCAGAAUGCAAACGAUUAUAUACCAGACGACAGUCGUAUGAAGAAGCAGAUUGUGAAACUCAGUCAAGGACUUGCUGAGGUUACAAUGGGGCCCAAUCCCAUUGUCCAGUUCAUCCAUCAGUCAGUCAAAGAUUUCUUCACCGACAAAGGCUUAUCAAAGCUAGUUGGGAAGAUUGUUGGAGGUUCAAUAUCGCGCGAUACAGCAAUUGGAAGGUCACACUUGGAAUUAUCCAAGAGUUGCAUACAGUACUUUGCAAUGGAAGAAAUCGUACAAUUCACAAGCUACGAAAAACAAAAUUUGUAUGGCGAUUAUCCUUUCUUACACUAUGCUAUUUCUUCAUGGAUGACACACCUAAAGGAAAGUGAGAAUUAUACUAUCGCACCCGAAGGAAUUUUGGAGCUGUUUGGUUGGCCAGAAGAUGAUCUAUCAGAUAUCUGGACGGAGCUUUAUAACGAGAUGGACGAGGAUUCAGAUGGUUGCCCUAUAGACAAUAUCCAUCUUGACCACGUUGCAGCGAGGUAUGAUCUCAAGGGAGUGAUGAACGCCAUUCUACAGAGCGAUGGCAUGACUGCUAUUGGAGUCGAUACCCCAAAUGGUGACGGCAUGACACCGCUGGCGUUGGCCGCGCAAAGUGGGCAUGAGGCCAUGGUCAAACUCUUACUUGCUAUAAGUCAUGUUGAGAUCGAUACAAAGAGUUUAAAGGAUCGGACACCGCUAUUCCUGGCUGCAGAGGAAGGGCAUGUGGCCAUAGCAAGCCUUCUGCUUGCUACGAAACAGGUCGACGUCAAUGUGAAAGAUAAUGAAGAAGGCCAGACGCCACUCUCAUCAGCUGCAAAGAACGGCCACGAGGCCAUGGUCGGGCUUUUACUAGCCACAGGCCAGGCUGAGAUCGAUUCAAAGAGCUCUAAUCACCAGACACCGUUGUCAUUGGCCGCCGAGAAUGGGCAUGAGGCUGUGGUCAGGCUUUUACUUGCUACAGGCCAGGCAGAGAUUGAUGCAAAGGAUGCUACUGGCUGGACGGCAUUGUCAUGGGCCGUGACGAACGAGCACGAGAGUGUGGUGAAGCUUUUGCUUGCCACGGGCCAGGUUGAUAUCAAUGUAAAGGAUUUAUUUGGCCGGACGCCACUGCUAUUAGCUGCGUUGAGUGGGAGCGAGGCCAUUGUCAAGCUUUUACUCGCCACAGGCCAGGCAGAGAUUGGUUCGAGAGACUGUAAAGGCUACACGCCGUUAUCAUGGGCCACGAAGAAUGGACAUGAGGCUGUCGCCGAUUUGCUUCAACUAUAUGCUCUAUCUCUUUGCUGA